UGCUAAGGGUUGAGGAUGGGAGCGAAAGGAGUUCCAGUUUCUUGGAAAGGGUGGGGCGGGGUCAGUUUCCCCCUUAGUCACUGUCCUCUCCCCUUUCUCAUGGCUUCCUGUCUAACUGGCUGGGGGUGAUUCGGGGGGUGAUUCAGGGUACCCUACACACCCCCAGAUUCUCUGAAAUAGCAAGAGGUAGGUGUAUUAUAUACCCUGACCACAGCACCAGUGGGCAUGGGGAAGGCCAUGGCAGACCUGGUGGUGAGGGACUUCUUUGCUGCCAUGUGGCCCAGGAUGGAGGGAUGCUGGGGUCUGUAAAGGUCCUGGGGAUGUAAGGGCCAGGGCUGCCUGCCUCUUCUGCUUCUGUCCUCACUCCAGCUGAGCCCUGCAGCCUGGCCUCUGGCCAACAGCAGGCUCAGCAGGUCCCAGGGGCGUGGUGAUGGCCAGUGGAAGAGCCGGCCCAUACCAGCUAGGCAGGCAGUGAGGAGUAUAGUCCUCCUUGGAGACGGCUGAGCUUGCGGCUACAGGAGCCACAGGAGUGCAGCCAUGAGCCCCCUACUGUACUACGCCCUGCCUGCCCUGGGUGGCUAUGUCAUGCUGUCCAUCUUCUUCCUGCGCCGGCCUCGCCUACUGCAUAAGCCCUGGACUCCAACCUAUCGUGUCUGCCUGGGGGCCCACCGAGGAGGAUCUGGAGAGCGACUAGAGAGUACCAUGGAAGCCAUGGAAAAUGCCAUAGCCCAGCGAGCUGACCUCCUAGAGCUUGAUUGCCACCUGACAAAGGACGGUGUUGUGGUGGUAUCACAUGAUGAGAACCUGUCCCGCCAGUCAGGCCUGAAUAGGGAUGUAAGCAGCCUGGACUUUGAGGACCUGCCCCUGUAUAAGGAAGAGCUGGAGAUUUAUUUCUCACCAGGCCACUUUGCUCAGGGGUCAGACCGGGGCAUGGUGAGUCUGGAGGAUACUUUCCAGAGGUUCCCAAGGAUGCCUAUGAGCUUGGAGAUCAAAGAGGAAAAUGAAGAACUCAUUUAUAAGAUAGCAAGCCUCGUGAGGCGCUUUGACCGCAAUGAAAUCACCAUUUGGGCCUCAGAGAAGAGCUCAAUCAUGAAGAAGUGCAAGACUGCCAACCCUGAGAUGCCAAUGUCCUUUACGAUAUCCAGAGGACUCUGGGUGCUGCUGCUCUAUUACCUGGGGCUGCUGCCUUUCAUCCCCCUCCCAGAGAAGUUCCUCUUCUGCUUCCUGCCCACCAUCAUCAACAGGACCUAUUUCCCAUUUCCCUGCUCUGGGCUGAACCAGCUGGCGGCAGUGAUUUCAAAAUGGAUCAUCAUGAGGAAGAGUCUAAUCCGCCACUUGGAGGAGCGUGGGGUGCAGGUGAUCUUUUGGUGCCUUAAUGAUGAGUCAGAUUUUGAAGUGGCCUUUAGCCUGGGAGCCACUGGCGUCAUGACUGAUUAUCCCACAGCCCUGCGGCACUACCUGGACAACCGUAGACUAGCUACCUCCUAAGUCCAGAGGCCCUCACCCUCUCCUCUGUAUCCCUUCCUGAAAAAUAAAUAUUUGCUUUUC